CUGGAUAUGUGGAUCUCUUUCAAUUUUGAUUUAUUUCUUUAUUAUGCUAUUAUACACUUGUUGAAUUUAGGUAUGCAACAAUAUUGUGGUACAAUACAUAGUACAGCGCCAAUACCUUGUCCAGCACCUCCACAAUCAUCUUUAAGUUUUCCCCCAGAACAUGUACAGGUCCAGUCAUCAGUAUUUCCUUCAUUGCAAAGUGGACACUCGUCUCCAUACACAAUAACCAGAAUCGAAAUGAAAAUUGAUGCAAGGAAUAACAUCUUCAUGAUUGAAUUCGUUCAGCGAAAAUUAUAA